AUGCGGAGAGACACAGUAGCGCUUCGGGCUGUCCCUAUCGCGGGGCGGGGAGCCGUCAAGAGGCUGGUUGGGCUAGCCUGUGUCGUCGCUCUGCUAGCGGGUUCGGAGGCCCUCUUGGACGACUCAGCGGCCGCCCAGAUCCUGCAGCCCGACUUGGGCAGCCCCUCGCCUCUUAUCGAACUGUACGGCUUUCGCUCUUCUGAGGACAAAUGGCCUGUAGAGGAGCACGCGCUGUCGUCGCUGUCGGGGCUUCACUUGGCGAGUUCACUGCGUCCAACAAGUUUGACUCCGGGAGCGGACGUCAAGCAGCUUGCUCCAUCGUUCCUUCAAACCGCACCUGGUGAGGCUCUCCACCCCUUCAUGUGUCCCCUGUUGCCUACCGUGCGUGGUGGUAGCGCUCGAUGA